GGUUUGAAUCCUCUCCAGGGUGCAGUAUUAAAACCUGCUUUUUGUUUCAGUCUGACUGGGAACAUUUACAUGACUGGCUGCUCAGAGCAGGGAGGAGCUGUGGGGCCAGUGUAUAUAACCCAGCGAGGGACUGACACAGGACUGUGAGCUCUGACAGCCCAGCAAACCCUCCCUGAUUGGAAUUAACCCUUUCACCGCUGUUGGUCCUCCUGCAGGGAGCUGCCUGGCUGCUGCUCAGGCAAACCUCGAACCCAGACCCUACGGAAGCCAGUCGGAGGAAACAGAACCAGGAUGAUUCUGCGACCUGGAAUUGAUUUGGUCAGCGCCUGCUAAGGCCUAGUUGACCCUGGGGAUAAAAGCCGUGCCAAGGAUACCUUUGAAACAGUUCAUUCGAACACAGCUUGGAUCCAGCCUGGCUGGUCGGAGUCUUCAGGUAAAACUCACAAUCCAACUGUAUUUGAAAGGAGUUUUUCCUGAUCACCCCACGUAGCCAAACCGCACCUGAGCUGUAAUCCAGUGAGCUGCUUUGAAGAUCUCCUUACGAAGGGCUCUGCCGGCACCGCCAGACCCACUGUGAACAGGGCCGUAGUUACCGCUGGCCGCAGAAAGGUGAACAUGUCCCCUGUUUUGGAGUCCGCAAUUCUUUCGGAGACAGAAAAGAUGUGGAACGGGUUGUAUCCUGCUGAGAAAAUAAAGCCAAAUCCACUCCUGGCUUCCCAUGUAACCCAAAUGAAAUCAAAUGGAACAAUUCAUGUGACCAUCCCACCAAAGGAUGGAGAGAACAGCAAAAUCUACCCUGCAGGUUUGCGCUCUAGGUUGAAAUCACAGGCACGUCGCUGGGCAGUUCUGAACAUGGUUCUCAUUCUCAUCCUGACCAUCACUGUCAUCACCCUCAUCGUCGCCCUCAUCGCCCUGUCAGCAAGGAAAUCUGAGCCGUGUUCAGCUGGUCCUGCCUGCCCAGACGGCUGGCUCGGGUACCUGGGGAAGUGUUACUAUUUCUCAGAGACUGAAGGAAACUGGACCUACAGCCAGAGCCACUGCUCUGCAUUCGGUGCCUCCCUGGCCGUGAUUGACACCCAGCAGGAAAUGGAUUUCAUGAUGCGCUAUAAAAACAUCCCCAACUAUUGGAUCGGCCUCCGGAGGGACCUGAACCAGCCCUGGAAAUGGGUCAGUGGCACCGAAUUCAGCAACUGGUUUAUAAUAGCAGGAGGAGGGUCGUGUGCUUUUCUGAACAGCGGCGAUAUUUCCAGUUCAGGCUGCUCCAGGGAGGGACGCUGGAUCUGCAGCAAACCAGUGGAGAAAACAGAAGGCAGAGCACAGUGACAGUGACCUGGAUGAGGCAGGGCUUUGUCCUUUUAAUGGGGCUGUCCCAAGCUGCCUCAGCAAGUGGGGGACUGGAUGGGGCUGGCGAAGGGGGACAGCCCCAGCAGCAAGGAAGAGAGACGGUCGCUGAAGGACAGCGUAUAGCUCCUCCCCUUGGAGCCUCUGGCACCCACUGGGCCAUUUGGGAAUGUGGGGUGCUCCAGGGAUUUAACAGGGAGACCACAUAAUGUGGGUCUUUUAUGGCUCCAUUCCAGCAGCCCCACCCUGAAUUAGGGGCGAGAGUCCGUGGCCCUCCCAGCCUGAGGGCAGCCCCUGUGUUCAGGUUUAAUAACAUUUGGAGCCUGCCGCUUAAAAACCAUCCUUGGGCCUGUGCUUACCUGGCUGCUGUGUCCUCAUCCAUGUUCCUUUUCCUGCCCGCGUGCAGCUACCCCGGCCUGAGUGAACCCCUGGUCACCAGACAGCCAACAGCCCAACAAUCGGACAGAUGGAACAUAUAAUAGCCACGAGACCGUACGGGACGCAGCUGCCCUGUCCUUCACGAGCACCGUGCUGUGAUAUAAAGGCCCUGGCUCACGCUGUGCUACAGAGAAAGGAAUCCUUUGGAAGGGGAGCCCUGGCAGCCAAACCUGCAGCGUCCCGCCUGUCAGAGGCUCAGCGUAGGAGCCUGAGAAGAGCUGAGUGAUCUGGCCAGGGGAAUGAAGGGGCCGGGGUGAACCCCUGCAGCCUGGCGGAAGGACGCGUGAUCUCCUGCUGUAAGGCGAGAAGGGCUGGUUUGCAGGCCCUGCUGCGAGAGAAUGAAGAGAAGCAGCGGACAGGAGGGGAUGUGAACGGCUGCUCCCAACCCGGUAGGGAAACCGAGGCAACAGCUGCAUCCUGCCAACAGGGGAGUCCCCACAAGGACUAAUAAACUGAGGACAAUCCCCUCCAUCUGUCCUUCUCUCCUAUCUAAUGCCUGCCUUUAUACCACACUCGUCACUAUAACGUCCUGCCUUGUGUAUGUCCCAGUGCUAUAGCUGGAAAAACAAGAGCACGCCGACAAUCGGACAGAUGGAAUACACUGUAGCCAUAAGACAGGACGUGGCAGUUGUUUGUACUCCACAAGCAAUAGGGUGUGAAAAGUUGGCGGCAAAUCCUGCUGGGAGAGGAAACGGGUAUAAAAGCCAAGGCUCCGUCUAUGGCACAGAGACAGAAUCUUUUGACUUGGAAACUGGAGGGGGAGCAGCCAAACCUGCAGCGUCCCGCCUCUCCGAGACCCAGGGCAGGAGCCGGAGAAGAGCAGUGGCUGGACUGAUCUGCCAGAGACUGUCUCUGGAGGUGCUGUGGCCCCUGCAGCCGUGGAGUGAAGGGGCCGGGGUGAACCUUGCAGCCUGGGGGAAGGACUCAAACUCCUGCUGUAGGGCGAGAAGGGCUGGUUUGCAGGCCCUGCUGCGAGGGCUGCAGGAGCGUGAAGAGGCACCGCGGACAAGAGGAUUGCUGGCAUGUGCUAGGAUAGACUCUGUGUGUGUGUGUGUGUGUGUGUGUGUGUGUGUGUGUGUGUGUGUGUGUGUGUGUGUGUGUGUGUGUGUGUGUGUGUGUGUGUGUGUGUGUACAAAAUUUUUAUAAUAAUAAACCAGCUCCCAGAAGGGACAUUUUUAUUUUGUAAA